AUGGCCCCUAACAACCUCCCCGCCAGCAUGGCUGCCACCAGCCAGGACAUUGAGAUGCUCCUGGCUGCCCAGUCCCACCUGGGUUCCAAGAACCUCCAGGUCCACAUGGAGCCGUACCUGUGGAAGACUCGCCCUGACGGUAUCAACGUCAUCAACAUUGGCAAGACCUGGGAGAAGAUCGUCCUGGCUGCCCGCAUCAUUGCCGCCAUUGACAACCCCGCGGACAUUUGCGUCAUCUCCGCUCGCCCCUACGGCCAGCGCGCCGUCCUGAAGUUCGCCCACCACACCGGUGCUGUCGCCAUUGCUGGCCGCUUCACCCCCGGUAACUUCACCAACUACAUCACCCGCUCCUUCAAGGAGCCCCGCCUGAUCAUCGUCACCGACCCCCGCACCGAUGCCCAGGCCAUCAAGGAGGCUUCCUACGUCAACAUCCCCGUCAUCGCUCUUUGCGACACCGACUCUCCCACCGAGUACGUCGACGUUGCCAUCCCCACCAACAACAAGGGCCGUCACGCUAUCGGUCUCGUCUGGUGGAUGCUGGCCCGUGAGGUCCUCCGCCUCCGUGGCACCCUCGCUACCCGCGAGACCGAGUGGGACGUCAUGACCGACUUGUACUUCUACCGCGACCCCGAGGCCGAGGAGAACAAGGACUCCGCCAACAUCGAGGAGGCCAAGGUCCCCGGUGCCGACGAGGUCGGUGCCGCCGCCGUUGCCGACGGCUUCACCAACGAGUGGGAGGUCUCCGGCGGCGCUGCCGGUGCCUUCGCCGCUGCCUCCGGCACUGCUGGCGCUGCUGCCACCACCUCCUGGGACCAGGACGGUGCUGACUGGGCUGCCAGCACCGGCCCCGCCGAGACCGGCAACCAGGGCUGGGCUGCUGACACCUCCGCCCCCGCCGAGGGCGCUGCUCAGUGGUAA